AUGCUUCCACUAUCGCUGCUGAAGACAGCACAACGUCAUGCCGUCCUAGUAGAGCUGAAGAACGGCGAGACAUACAACGGCUAUCUACAGCAGUGCGAUACAUGGAUGAACUUGCACUUGUCAGAGGUGAUCUGCACAUCGAAAGAUGGACAGCGUUUCUUCAAGAUGCCGGAGGCUUACAUUAGGGGCAACACGAUUAAGUACAUCAGCGUUCCAGAGGAGGUUAUUGGCAAGGUUCAAGAGGAGAACUUGAAGCGCGACGAAAAACGCCCGGCGGGUGGCGGCCGCGGCAAGGGUGGACGUGGCUGGGCAGUUGGCGGGCGAGGUGAAGGAGCUGGAGGCGGAGGGCGUGGCAGAGGCGAGGGGGGCCGUGGUCGAGGCGAGGGGGGUCGCGGCCGAGCGGGUGGGCGAGGAAGGGGUUGA